AUGGGUCGGAACCAAGUUGAAAUGGCUAAAAACGGGGUUAAAUACAAGCAAGAAAGGCUGGCCACGGGCAUGGCUACGGUGAUUUUGGUGUCAGAGCAGAAGAAAGAAGAUAGGUUGCCAUUUGCGAUUGGAAGGAACGAGAAGGGGUGCGACAUAUUUAGUGGGCGGUGGGUUAGAGACGAAGAAUCUCGACCGUUAUAUAAGGAAUCUGAGUGUCCUUAUCUACAACCGCAACAAGCUUGCAUAACAAGUGGUCGGCCUGACAGGGAUUAUAUUUAUUGGAAAUGGCAACCUAAUGGUUGCUCAAUACCUAGUUUUAAUGCUUCAUUGAUGCUUGAAGCUCUUAGAGGAAAAAGGAUGAUGUUUGUAGGCGAUUCACUAUGUAGAGGUAGCUUCUUUUCCAUGGUCUGCCUUCUUCAAAAAUUUGUUCCAAACAAUGCCAAAUCCAUUGAAGAUGCUGGCCAAAGAAUUAUUUUUACAGCCAAGGAAUACAAUGCAACGGUUGAAUUCUAUUGGGCUCCACUAUUGCUGGAAUCAAAUGCAGAUGAUCCUAAAAAGCAUACAGUGCAUGGUCGAAUGGUUCACAGAGGUUCAAUUAAUGUGCAUGGACAAUAUUGGAAAGGAGUUGAUAUUUUAGUGCUACAGACUUAUAUCUGGUGGUUUAUUGACGAAUACUCCAAGAUAUUAGAAGAAGGAUCAUUUGAAGACAAGGUUAAAAACACAACAGAUGUGCCCUCAAAUGAUGCUUAUCGUAUGGCAUUGGAGAGUAUGUUGAAAUGGGUUGAAGAGAAUAUGGAUCCAACUAAAACAAGGGUAUUUUUCACUGACAUCUCACCAACUCAUAGAAGCAAGGAUUUAUGGGGAGGUGAUCCGAAAGGUAAUUGUUACAACGAAACGACUCUCGUAGAAGACGUUAAUUACGAUGUGUCAAAACCGUUGAAAAAAACAAUGCGAGUAAUUGAUGAGGUGCUCAGUAAGUCGGAUGUGCAAAUAACACUACUAAACAUUACAAGGCUCUCAAACUAUAGAAAGGAUGGCCACGUAUCAAUUUACAAGAAACCAUUGGGGGCUUUGACAGCUGAAGAACUAGCAACCCUUGUGAGCUUUGCUGAUUGUAUCCAUUGGUGUUCUCCUGGAGUUCAAGAUAUAUGGAGUGAGCUUUUGUUUGCUAAGCUUUUCUAUCCUUAA